CGCCGCCGCCACCUCCCGCCCCGGGACUCCCCUCUCGCCUCGGCUCCGCUCAGCGCCGCUCCACCAUGAGGAACUUUAACUGGGAGACGCUGCCCAAGCACUCGGUCCUGGGCAGGCACAACAUCUGGACGGCGGACCAGCCCGACGGGGAGUACGAGCUGGACACGGAGCGCAUGGAGGAGCUGUUCAGUAAGAAGAACGAGCAGGAAAAACUCAACAGACACAGCGUCAGGGGGCUGCCCAGCUCCACAGCGCAGGGGGUGUCCAUCCUGACCUCCAAGAGAAGCAUGAACGUUGGAAUCUUCCUGAAGCAGUUCAAAAGGCCUGUUCGAGACAUGAUCGAGGAUAUUAAAGUGGGGAAUUACCUGAGUUUUGGGACUGGGAAACUGAGAGAGCUGUGCAAGAUGCUGCCAGAUAAAGAUGAGUUGAAGCAGCUGAAGAAUUUUAAAGGAGACCACUUCUCUCUCCCGGAUGCAGAUUUGUUCAUGCUAAUGCUGAUCAAGAUCCCCAGUUACGAGGACUGUCUGAACAGCCUGGUGCUCAAAGAAGAGUUUUUCCCGCUCAUGGAUGAACUCAAAGGCUUCGUCGGCACUUUGAUAACUGCAGGAAAAGAGCUGUUAGACUCCGACCAGCUCCACUCUGUUAUUCGACUGGUGCUGAAGACGGGGAAUUACAUGAACGCCGGAGGCUACGCUGGAAGUGCCAUUGGUUUCCGGAUGGCGUCUCUGCUGAAACUUGUGGACACCAAGGCCAACAAACCAGGGAUGAACCUCAUGCACUAUGUUGUCAUGCAAGCACAGAAGGUGGAUGCAGCUCUCCUCACCUUCCCAGAACAACUGCAACACAUCGAGGCAGCAUCAAGAAUGAACAAAGCCGACAUUGAAGCGGAGUUUGCGCGGCAGGUGAAAAAAGUUCAAGAAGCCAAAGAGGAUUCAGCGAAGCAGAAGGAUCUAAAGGAGCAGAUGGAGGACUUUCUAGAGGAGGCGGAGGUGAGCCUGCGGGACAUGGAGGCAGAUCUCCAGGAGCUGUCCUCGCUCAGUGACUCUGUGGCCGAGUAUUUCUGUGAGGAUCCCAGCAAGUUUAAACUCGAGGAAUGCUGCUCCAUCUUCCACUCCUUCUGCCAGAGGUUCAUCCGGGCCAUACAGGAAAACAAAGCGCGCGAGGUGACCGAAAUGAAACGUCGCCACGCGGAGAGACUCCAGACCGCCCUGAAACGCCGCUCCAUCGCCUCCUGCUCCACCCACGACAAAGAGCUGGGCGGGGUCUCCCUAGAGUCCGUGCUCCACAGCUUCGUCAGCAGGCGGGGCAUCCGGAGGAAAGCGGGGCGUCCAUUUUCUACUCACGGCACCCCGCCCAACGGCAGCCCCCUCAACGGCAGCCUCGUCGAGAUCUCUUCGCAAGACAAUAUACCCAACGCUAUCGCCAAUAGAAGUCCCCGUUUAAAGAUUAAGGAAUUGGGCAAGAAAGAGUGGAAUUCGGCAGCGGAUAUUACCGAUAAACCGAAGAAUACUGAAAAAAAACUAACUUUAACAGAAAAAUCGGAAUUUGUCGUAGCUAAAGACUCUCAAACAGAUUCUUCCAGUAGAACCAAGAGCGUUUCUUCUAGACCAACGUCUGGCAUAGAAAGCAACGAUGAAAACUUCGAGGACAACACCGCCGAAGAGGCUGAGAAAUUACGGGAAGUUUCGAAAAAGGUUUUGAAAUUCCAGAACAGCCGCGGCAGUGUUUCGUCCGUGGAAAGUACCUCGGAAAAACCCAGAUCUCCCAUCCAGCGGCAGCGCACCAUCGACGAAGACAUACAAAGUUACAUGGACGAUCCGAACGACGAAGAUUUAGCGAUGCUGCUGACUGGCCCGCCAUCGCCGACGCAAAGGAAUAUCGGGAGGCGCCAUACUUUGCCGCCCAAAGUUCCCAAAACGGACGAGGUUGAAGACGGGUGUACGCUAUCGCCCCCUAGGACACCCAAGAAAAAAGGCGGCGACUUUGAAGGGACUCAGAAAGAAGAAAGUACGUUACAAGACGACGCUCAGGAAUUCGCGGAAAUCGAGCAGAGUGAUUCUAACAUGUCUAAUAAUGCAAAAAUGAAAACCGAGCCAGGCGGACUUUUGUUUAACUUUUUAAAAAGAUUUCAGUUUCCGACGGCAAAGGAGACGACACGGAAAAGCAGCGAUUCUAGUGUCUAGACUGAAGACUUUGAGGUUUACGAGAUUAUACGGCCCAUAUUACGCUAUUUUCUGAUCUAAAAACAUACCUCAGAGUCGUGUUUUUGUUUCAUUCACACUUCUUCAUCCUGCAUAUUACGGCUGAGUUCUUCUGUCAGACUGAAAACACUCUGUUCCACCUUGUGAUGUCAUGCGGUAAUACAAAUAUAAGUGCUUUACUGUGUUUUUAAACUCCAUACACCUCCGCUAGAACCAUUUGGGUUAUUUCAGAUGGAAUUGCCGAUCUCGACUGAACUAAAGGUUAAAACGUAGCUGUUGACUCGAAAACUACCACUUCAUGACAUCACAAGGUGGAGAAGCACAUUUUGAGCUUUGGAGACGUACAUAGCAGUGGCGGAGUUAGCAAUUUUGGGGACCCUAGGUGAAAUUGAGUUUGGGGCCCUCACUAUAAUGCACUGUAUUGUUUAGUUUUGUUUGUUUUUAAUAUAUUUAUUGUCUGUUUUUACGCAUUGUUCUUGAGACACGCACAUCUCUAUUUAUUUGAAUUAAUGGUGGAUUGGAAACUUGUCUUAUUAGUUAAGUCGCCUACUGGAUAACCAGAACUGAAAGUAGUUGUAUUUUUUUUCUAGUACAAUUACAUUUUCGUUUACGUCCAUUACAUAUGAUUAUUAUUAUUAUUUUUCAUAUGAUUCUUGUUUAAAAGUAAACUACUCUCAUUUAAUGUCAUAUUGAGAGAAAAUCAAGUUGCUCUGAGGCCUCGGCUCCAGCGACUAGGUCAGGAAUCAGAAUACACUAGACGGUUCGCAAAAAAAACUGAAGUACGAGUUCGGGCACCAGCCAAUCAGCAAAGAGCCGUCCAUAUUCUGUGUUGGCAACGAUUCCCGAGAUUGAGGAUUUAAAGCCGGAACAAAGAGAAUGUUUGGUGAAUUUUAUCAAGGGGAAAGAUGUUAUUGCCCUUUUUCCUCCGGGAUUACAUUACAUACAUUACGACCCAACAGCAGCGAUUGGUUAAAUGAAAAAUGUACCCAUCUACUGUCAAGCGAAUGAAUCCUAAUGCUGCGAGGUCAGACGGUUUCUACGAAGUGAAACCGGCUGAUGAAUCAGGCUAAGUUGGUUGGGGGCCCCUCCAGGUUUCGAGGCCCUAUGUAGCCGCCUACUUUUGCCUAAUGAUCGCGCCGCCUCUGGUAGACUGACUAAUAAUAAAGAGUUACUCAAACGUGUGAAUGAAACAAAAACUCUAGGUUUGUUUUUGAGGAGGUAACAACAUUAUAACGUGGCAUAAGACUCACAAGAAUCCAUUUUGUUUAAUGGAGAGUUAAAAAUGUGAAAUUGGACAUUGUUUUUGAACUAUUUUUGGUGUAACGCACAUUUAAUGCAGUGUAUAAUAAGAAGCUUAAUAUAAUGUAUUUAUGGGACUAAAACAGUGACGCCCAAUUUUAUGCAAAUGGAGAAGAUUACCAACAGAGUGUAAGGGAUCUACGCCAUUUAAACUUGUACAUUAAUAUUUUUACCUAA